GUUAAGGUCAUUUUAUUCUUAAUGGUACUCCCUCUGUCCCUAAUUGUUUGCCCCACAGACAAAAUGUGUAUUUAUUAAGACUUUGUCCGAAACGUUGUAGGGAAGAGGGGGUAUCUUUGUCUUUUACAAUUUUAUGAGACUAUGCAAGUGGGUUAAAUGGUGGGGAGUUGGGGGCAUGUUUCUAUAUAAGGAAAUUGAGCAAUCUUUAAGGACAUACCAAAAUAAAAUAUGGGGCAAACCAAUAGGGACAGUGGGAGUAUAACUAGUUCAUUGUAACCUGUAACUGUAAGCAAGGGACUUGCACAGUUGCGCUUGAUUAAGGUCCUCUGCAGCUUAUUCCAGGUUUGGCCGUGCCAAAAAAAAAUAAAAAAGUUGGCCCUAGACUGGUAAAUUCGGAUUGACCGAGUAUGGCAGAGGUUAAAUUAAGCUGCAGUGUCCUGUCUAAGUCGCGGUCCUAAACGAUUAGGCCGAAAUUCACAGGGGUCGAAUAGAUCAAGCUAGUUAUGAUCAGUGGAAGAGGUGUUUUUGUUGUUCGUAGCAAUGGGAAUUGUGAGGUAAGUUUGAAACCGUUAUAAUCAGAAAAAUGUGUAAGUAGUAAUCGUUUUAGGUACAGCUUCAUAGCAGCACUUUCUGUUAGGAACUCUGCAACUAAUUAGGGCGGUUACUUCUCAGUUCUCACCCCUUCAUUCCAUCACCUAUAAAGCUAUCUUGUAACUGAAGCUUUCCAUAAGAUAACUUCACUCGUCACCUUCUGAGGAAAAACACACAUUUCAACCAUGAAAAAAGCCAAUUUCCUUUUCCACAUUUUCAGGCCUUAGCUGAUAGAACUCAUCACCCAAGCCAAGGUGCUUGAACUCGUGCUAUAAAUACUUUGUGAUACUUGAAGGAAGAUAUAUCAAAACCAACUUAGAUCAAUCUUUUUCCUACUUGUAAACUUACAAUUCAAUGAAUAAUGCUAAGUUUCUCUUGGUUCUUCUUCUCACUUCGGCCCUACUAUUAGGUCUUGCUCUUGCAUAUAGCUUCGAGUUUCACGAGAGUGACCUCGCCUCAGAAGAGACCCUUUGGGAUCUAUACGAGAGAUGGAGGUCUCACCACACCGUCUCUCGGGACUUGCAGGAGAAGCAAAAGAGGUUUAACGUGUUCAAGGCUAAUCUUCAUCAUGUUCAUAAGGUAAACAAGAUGGAUAAGCCUUAUAAGCUAAAGCUGAACAUGUAUGCAGAUAUGACUAACCACGAGUUUAGAGCCUCUUAUGGGUCUAAAACCGCGCAUUACAGGAUGUUCCACCCACGUCCGGUGACUGAGUUCAUGCAUGGUAGGUUUCAAGAUGUUCCUGUUUCUGUUGAUUGGAGAGCUAAAGGAGCUGUUACUCCUGUUAAGAAUCAAGGACGUUGCGGUAGUUGUUGGGCAUUCUCAACGGUAGCUUCAGUAGAAGGAAUAAACCAGAUCAAAACCAAACAAUUAGUCUCACUCUCUGAACAGGAACUGGUAGAUUGUGACCAUGACAACUACGGCUGCAAUGGAGGACUCGUUGAGCAUGCUCUCGGUUACAUCAACAAAAUCGGUGGAGUUGUCGCUGAAACCACCUACCCUUAUCAUGCUAAGGACGAAACAUGCAACUCCGAUAAGAUCAACUCACCGGUAGUUAAGAUUGACGGGUUUGAGGUGGUGCCUGAAAAUGAUGAGAAUGCUUUGAUGAAAGCAGUGGCAAAUCAACCUGUUUCUGUUGCUAUUGAUGCUAGUGGUUCUGAUAUGCAGCUCUACUCUGAGGGAGUGUUUAAUGGAAAGUGUGGAACAGACUUGGAUCAUGCAGUAACAGCAGUAGGGUACGGAGUAACACAAGAUGGAACCAAGUAUUGGAUAGUGAAGAACUCGUGGGGCCCCGGAUGGGGUGAGAAGGGUUACAUUCGGAUGCAACGCGGUGUUGAAGCCAAAGAGGGUAUUUGUGGUAUUGCAAUGGAUGCUUGUUAUCCUAUCAAAUCGUCUUCGGAUAAUCCUCGUCAGUCUGCUCAACCUGCUAAAGAUGAACUCUGAAAACUUCUGAAGAACACUUCAGUAAAACCAGGAUAUCAAUUUGUUGAAGUUGAAGUAGUGUCAUUUUAAGCUCUUUAAAUUGCAAAUGUAGGGUUGCUUUUUGUUUCUUGUUUUGUUCCAUUUUCUGUAUCAGUAAGCUAUAGUUUGAUAAUUAAUAAGACUUUAGUAAGAAAUAAAUAGAAAAUUAGAGAUUAAGAAUGUUGCCUUCUCUUGUCUUAUUUCUACUAAUUAAGAG